AUGGUGGGGGGACUUGUAGACAGGCAGGCCUGGGUGAACGGCCACAGAGGGAAGGCUGACUGCCAGAGAGGGGUGAAAGCAGCAAAGCAGGAGGCCGGUGGAAUUCUCAGUUUACAAAAUGUUAGACUAACUAGCACACAUGGAGACAAUAGCACAACGAACUGGCAACACAAGAGGGAAAGGGAGAACAAUAUAAAGGGGAAGAGAGCACAAGGAACAGAUUCAUCUGCUGCCAUGCAUAACAAUAGCAGACUAUUCAAUUCAGAGUCCAACCAGACUGAAAAGCAACAUGCAGAUUUCAACGGGUCACGUCACGACGCCACCCAAAUUAAUUCAGGUCCUCCACCAGCACUGUACCGCCUGAACACAGAAAGAAAACAUAUUGAUGGGACUGAUGGAAAGGUCAGACUAUGGACAUAUGGAAGAAAAGACAGAAAUAAGAAAAACAAAGUCAUACUGAUGGUGGGAGAAACUGGCGCUGGGAAAACCACCCUCAUCAACACCAUGGUCAACUACUUACUGGGCGUGAAGUUUGAAGAUGAAGAGUGGUAUGUAAUUGCUGAAGCAGAAGAAGUACAUAUUGAUCAAACUAAAUCCCAGACAUCCGAGCUCACUGUUUAUGAGGUGUUUGUUGAAGAAAACCCAAUAUCUCUGACCAUCAUUGACACUCCAGGAUACGGGCACACUGAAGGAUACGAGAAAGAUAAAGAGAUUGCUGAAUACCUGAGCAAAUUAUUUUCUGCUCAGGAUGGGAUUCAUUAUAUUGAUGCAGUGUGUUUUGUGAUGAAGGCGUCUCAGAAUCGACUCUCUGGAAAAGAGCAUUACAUAUUUCACUCAGUUCUGUCUCUGUUUGGUAAAGAUAUCGAGAAUAACAUAAUGUUUCUACUCACACAUUCAGAUGGAGGACCUCCAAUAAAUGCUCUAAAUGCCAUUAAGAAAGCAGAAAUACCCUGCAGAAGAGAUGAAGACAAUGAACCUAUUCACUACUUAUUCAACAGCCAACAGAAAGAGAAAAGAAACAAACGAUAUGAGCAAAACUGGAAAAGAACCUGGGAAAUGGGAGACGAAAACAUGAAUGAGUUCUUGACAGAACUUAAAGAAAAUAACAGAAAAAGUGUUCAGUUGACAUUAGAGGUUCUGAUUGAGCGAAGACGACUUGAGGCCUGUGUCUCUAAUCUGAAGGAUCGAAUCUCUGAGAAGGAGCUAAAAACCCAAGAACUGACUAAGAUUGAGGAAGCCCUCAGACAGAACAGAGACAAGAUUAAAAAAUGUGAAAAUUUUGUUUUUACAGUCGAGAGAGUUUUCAAAGAGAAAGUCCUCAUUGAAAACGAAUCACGUUGGAACAGAAAGGCAACCUGCUGCUCCGACUGUCAAGAAAACUGUCACGUGAAGGGCUGCUGGUGGGCAAAUGAUCUCUCGUGGUGUGAAAUCAUGAAAAACAACCACUGCACUGUGUGUUCAGGGAAGUGUCAUUACAGCAAACAUGUCAAAGAGAACAAGAAAUAUGAGCUCAAGACAAAGGAAGUUCAAAUGUCAUUUUAUGCCCUUAAACAGGAGUAUGAGUGCAUCGGUGAUGAGCCUGAAGCCAGUUUCGACAGAAAAACAUAUGCAGAUACUAAAAACGAAUAUGAGUGGAUCAUGAAAGAGUCUGAGAAUAAAACGAAAAUAGAAGAAGAUCUAAACAGAGAUCUGGCAAAAAUUAAAAAUGAAAAGUCCCAGCUGGUGCAGGAAGCUUAUACCAGCAUCAUGAAUCUGUCCAAGAUCGCAUUGAAAGCAGACAGCGCUCUCACCAUUCAGUAUAUGGAGUUCCUGAUUCCCAGACUGAGGGAGGAGAGAAAAGAUGCAUGGAUAAAGGACCUGGAGGAUCUGAAAAAAGCUGGAGAAGAUCAGAAAAACAAGGGGGUUUUACAUUACAUGUUUCAAUUCACUGGGGGAAUAUGGAACCAAUUUUGGAACCAAUUUUGGAACCCAAACAAGUAA